CGGACGUUGGCAUGUUUCUGAAAAUGUUUGUAAUUCCAUGUGUGGUUUAGAAAAAUAUGGCUCCUGUCUGCUUUCCUGCUGAGAUACAGUUUGCCCAAAAAUUGGCUUCUAAUGAGAAACGUGUACGAGAUCGAGCUGUAAAGAAGCUUAGAAAGUAUAUUUUUGUAAGAACUCAACAUGAAAGUGGUGGAUUCACACAUGAUGAGCUGUUAAAGCUUUGGAAAGGACUUUUCUAUUGUAUGUGGAUGCAAGAUAAACUUCUUCUGCAAGAGGAUCUUGCAAAUACAAUUGCUCAGCUGAUUAAUGUCUUCCAGAAUGAAGAUGCACGGCAUUUAUUUCUUCAGACCUUCUGGCAAACUAUGUGUCGUGAGUGGAAUGGGAUUGACGGACUGCGAAUGGAUAAAUUUUAUAUGCUUUGUCGUUUUGUUUUCCGUCAAUCUGUUGAAAUCCUGAAGCAAAGUGGUUGGAGUGAGAGUCUGAUUGAAAAGUGGUUCGGUUUGUCGGUGUAUGAGCUCUUCAAUUCUGAGAAUUCAAGUCCAAAAGGAAUUAAAUUGCAUUUCAUUGACAUAUACCUGGAUGAGUUGGCCAGAGUUGGAGCAGAAGAGUUGACUGCAGAACAGAAUCUCAAGUUCUUGGAACCAUUCUGCAAGAUCGUGGCAAAAACUAAAGAACAGUCUCUGGUGCAAGCUGUUGUGCGAGGAAUCUUUGAAGGAAUUGUGGAUCAGGCACCUUUUGCCAUUGAAGAUUUAAUGAAAGAACUGCAGGAAGGAGAAGAUGAUUCAAACUCUGAGCAGCAGGAGUGUGGUGUAGAACAGAAUUCUUUGUCUACCAAAAAGCAAGUUACCAGACAGAAACUUGAGCUUCCAAGUGAAAAUAAGGAUAAAGCAGUGGAGAAGGAAGAAAUGGUAAUUUGUGACAAAGAUACAGAAGAUAACGUUGGACCAGUUCUUCAGUUUGACUACGGAGCACUUGCUGAUCGACUCUUUGCAUUAGCCAGUAGAAGCAAAACCCCUGCAUAUAACAGGAAACGGCUGUACAGACUGGUGAAAAAGUUCCAGGAUUUGGCUGAAGGAAUAUUUCCUCAAGAUGAUUUUCCUGAAGAGGUUUCUACCGAUGAAGAAGAAGACUUUGAAUUCAGUAGAAAGAGGAAAAAACGAAAACUGAUACGAGAAGAUAGAGAACAAAGUAAAGAUAACAAGAACAAAGAAGCUCAAGAUGUGACCAAUACAAACAUGAUGCAGCAACUAGACGUGUUGGACUCUGUACCUUCUUCUGCUACAGACGUAGCAAGUAGCAGUGAUAACCCGCGUAAGGGGUACAUUAAGAAAAUGGAACUAGGUGGUCAACCAGAACUUGUUGUGAAAAAUGGAAAAAAGAAAAAACUAAAAACUGCAAUUUUAAGAGCACAGGAGAGGGAACACAUUGUAGAAAAUAUCCAGGAAAGCCAGGAACUGGGUGGCAGUAGUGAUAUCCAGGAUUCCGUUAACGAACCACAUAUUAAGAAGAAGAAAAUGAAGAAAAAGGAUGCACUUAACAAAAAAGUUGCAGCAGACUCCACACUAGGCAAAAUGUGUGAAUUAGUCACAUUGAAAUCCAGACCCCUAGUCAACACUAGUGCCUCAACCUCCCAAGUGCUACAGAAGAGAAAGAAAAAGAAAUUAAAGACUACAUCAGAGACUAUGGGUAAUACAUUACAGGCUAGCAUAGCAAGCUUGGAAGAGCACAGUCUGGUAGACUAUGUUGAAACCAAAAAGAUAAUAAAAACAAAGAAGUUAAAGAUGGGGUUUCCAGACAUCUCUGCCUCAGAUGUGACAGAACUACAUAAUAAAAAAAGGAAGCUUGAUGAGUUUAUGAACAUUGUACCAGAGGCAAACGUGCAGCCAAAAAGGGGAAGAAAGAAAAUAAAAAGAAACAAAAAUGUGAGACUUUUUUCUGAAAAAAACAAGACCUUAAAGAAAAUGAAACCAAGCCUAAAAGUGCAGAAUGAUUUUGUGAAAAUUGAAAUAUCAUCUCCACCAUCAUCAGUGUUCUUCAGGAAAGCCAAAAGUAGCUUGGCAAGUCCCAAAUGCUCAAAACAGUUGAAGAGAGCACCAUUGUCAUCUUCCAAGAAGGUAACAUUUGGACUGAGCAGAAAUACAACAACAGAGUUCAAGAAAACUGAUAAAAGUUUAUUAGUGAGUCCUGAAGGAUUGUCACGGGUGGCCUUUAACCCUAAACAGAAACCAUGUUUUGGGGUACUGAAAAUUUCUCCAGGUGCAACUGGCGGUGCUUCACAGUCCAAACGAAAAUCAUCAACUCCAUCAAAAAAGCGAAGGAAAAGGGCAGCUGUUUUGAAUUUCUCCUGAAGGAAAACAUGAUUAGUACUUUUUUUUUUUUAAUUUAUAAACUCUGCUUGGAGGUUUGCUGGUCUUCAUGAAUUUUAACUAUACAACACUGCCAAUUUUACAACUUGGCCUACCCUCUCUCUUGUCUAAACUAUUGGACCAUUUAUCAGCUGUGAACUUUGUGGCAUUUUUGCCCCAGUGUUUUGAAACUGCUGUAUUUCUGGCAUGUUAUUCAUAAAUAUAUGUAUUUUUAAAUAUAUGUGAAUGCCAAUUGAAUACUUUUGUACACAUAUUUGCCAUUGUCUAAUGACGUGUAGACUGUGCACAGAAUUUGUACUCCAUCAUCCAGGCAUCUUAUUUUAGCCAAUCUUAACUGUAUAAGGAUAAGAAUAUUUGUACAAUGAAUGCUUGUUAAUGAAUUAACAUUUUUAUUUGGAAAUUAUACCAGCAUUUAUGGUACUUCAGUUUAAAUGACAAAAACAUUUUGGUUGAAAAGAGGAACAUGCACUUUGACUCUUAGCCAUAGUAGUCAAAACUAGUAAUACUUUUUAACUCUACUUAGGUGAAUGGAUUUAUUUUUGUACAGAAAAGAAUAUAAUUAAUGUUGUACUUUCUUUUUUUGUGGAAGAUAUAAGGUGAGGAGGCGUAGUAGUUUGUCCAGUAAAUCAAAGUAAUUGCAAACUGCAGGUUUAGCAAGUGGCUUAAAGUAAUAGUAGUACGCCAUUACCAUUUUUGCACCAUAAUUUGACUGUGCGGGUUUUUUAUAGAGUUGUUGUAGCGUGUUUGAAGUACAGUCUUAAUUUCUACAGAGCUCACACAGUUGGUAUGUUAUCCAAAUUAUUUGAUUUUGAAUGGAGCCUUUAGUGAAACAUUCCAGAAUAAUAUUGUUUAUGAUCGUCAGUUUGGGAGACUUCGUACUUUGAACUUGGGUAAGAAUAUCUGAAUGAAGCAAAACCUUCAACACUGUAUUUCACAGCAUCUGUUGUUUGUAAUGUAGAAACAACCUAUAUUCCCCCAAAAUGGUAAAAUCAAAUAUUUGUGUUAUUUUGUAUUUCUUUGGAAAAUGUAUUUUAAUAUCUUUGAUUUAAAAAAAUGCUAUCAAACUCUACAGACCUCAAAUACUGUACCUUCAAUUUUUAGCCUUUUUGCAUUUCAUACAGGGCACCAAACUAUCGUUGCUAGACAGUAAUGUAUUAGCUUUGUUGAAUUUGUAGAAUGAGGUGUUUGGUACUGAAUAAGAUGCUGAUGGAAAUGAUUUAUUUGUUCCAAUACUAUUUUUAUUUUUUUGUCAGACUUCAUUGUGACAUUGCUUCAAGAACAAAUGUUUAGCUGACAUAAGUGCUGUCACACGAGACAGACAUUAAAUUGAUAUGAACACA